CAACAACUUAAACGAAACGAACGCGCGCGUAAAAUAUUUAAUACAGAAAACACAAGUAGAAAAGCACACACAUAAUUAAUAUUAAAAUAUCCCCCUUGCAUACCGUCCACAAUACGUAAUAUAAACAAUAAUUUCAUUAUAAGCAUAUAUACAUCAAAUAAACGAUAAAUGAAAUUUUGCUCAACGAACUCAAAACCAACAAAAGAAUCCACAAGUAGCUGCAGAGCAAACUAAACCAAAUAUAAAUAAAAGAAAAAUACAUAUGUGUAUGUACUUUUCGAAUAAUUCAUCUACAUAUACGUAGGUGAAAUACGGAUUCUGAAUCUUGCAUUCUAUAUACGGAGAGGUGACAACUGAAAUGCAUUUGACAUUGGAUGAGGUUUGAAAUCGUGCAGCAAAUCGAUUUUUUUUUUUAAUUUUUCUGACUUUUGGACUUGAUUACCAAUUAACUUUGCGUCAUUUUAUAGAUGCAGAUGCAAUCCUUGCAGCUAAUCAAAUGAUGGCCUACGAUAUUAGCAUAAAGCACCAAAAAGUUGUAAUGUCUAAGAUUGAAACUUGAACGAGUAAAGAAAAAGUCAAGUGAAAGGCAAUAAAAGAGAAAUAUAAUCAAAAAUCCAAAGAGAGGAGGAAGCAAAUUGUAACUUUCGCGUUUCAGUGAAAAAUCAACAAAUCAACAAAUUAACAAAUCCAAAUCCCUUCCUGCCUCCACUCAGAACUAACUUUAAGUUAAGCACAAGUCAACAAAAUAUCAACAAAAACAACAACCAACUAACUAAUUACAUAGCAAAUACAACAAAAUCAAAAACUAAUACAAACGAAACUAAGCGAAAACGAAAAGAAAACACUAUAAAAAGUUAGAUUUACCUGAAACACAAAUACAAAUACAAACACAAACACAAAUAAAAACAAAUGAAGCAACAGCAACAACAAUAUCAACAUCAACGGCAGCAUCAACAACAAUUGAGCAGUAAAUCAAUGCGCAGCAUACGAAAGCAUAAAAAGCUCAAAGCGACAGGAACAACAUUAAGUACUAGUAGUAAAUAUUAAAUAACAAUAACAGCAACAGCAACAACAGCAGCAGCAACAACAGCGGACAACAAGUUCAACAAUCUUUGAGCAUGCAACAAGCUGGCCAACUCACACAGCAACAACUCCAGCUACAGCAGCAGCAACAACAGCUACAGCUACAACAACAGCAGCAGCAACAGCAGCAGCUGCAACAAAAUGGCGUCGAUAUGGCCGCCUAUGCCGCAUCACAGGCCGCAACCGGGGCUGCCAUCAAGCGGGCGCCAAUGAGCGGAGGGCGCUUCGACUUCGAGGAUGGCGGCACCUACUGCGGUGGCUGGGACGAGGGCAAGGCCCAUGGCCAUGGCGUCUGCACGGGACCCAAGCACCAGGGCGCCUAUGCUGGUGCCUGGAAUUACGGCUUUGAAGUGUCCGGAUCUUAUAUAUGGCCCAGCGGAUCACACUACGAGGGCCAAUGGCAGAAUGGACGCAGACACGGUCUGGGCGUGGAACAGAUUGGCCGGCAGAUUUAUCGCGGCGAGUGGUCCAAGGAUGGUCACAAGGGACGCUACGGUGUUAGGGAGAGUACCGUUUCAACGGCCAAAUACGAGGGCACCUGGAAUGAGGGCUAUCAAGAUGGAUCCGGUUGCGAGACCUAUGCGGAUGGCGGUAAAUACCAGGGUCAGUGGCAAGAGGGCAAGAGGCAUGGCUAUGGCAUUCGCACCUCGGCACCCUUUGGCCUUGCGUCUCACCAUCGCCGCAAGAAUCUGCACGCCUCGCUGAGCUCCUUGCGCAGUGCCGAAAAUGGCAAUGCCGCUAAAGUCCCCGAGAAGUCGGAGGAGAUUCGGGGUGGCUUUGUGCUCACCGCCAAAUCCGAUAAGCUUCCAGUGCGUCGCAACAGUCUCACCGAGAAGACGAAGAAGGGAUUCUUGAUGGGUCUGAAAAUGCGCAAGCAACGGAGCACUGGAGAUCUGGAAAAGCGUGGCACCAUUGCAUCGGGUAGCAUACGUUCCACAAUGUCAUCGGCUUCCUGGGUUAGCACCGGAUCCGAGCAAUCAAAUUUAACCACGAAAUCCGCGCACACGGAGUCCAAUGCCAGUUUUACCAUGGAGGACGAGCAGCUGGAUCCCACAGUGGUGGAGACCUACAUGGGUGAAUGGAAGAAGGACAAGCGCUGUGGCCACGGCGUUGCCGAGCGCAGCGAUGGCCUCAAAUACGAAGGCGAGUGGUACAAUAAUCGUAAGCAUGGCUACGGUGUGACCACGUUUCGUGAUGGCACCGUUGAGGAGGGAAAAUACAAGAACAAUAUAUUGAUCACCAGCCAGAAGAAGAAGCAUUUGUUCCUGGCGCGUUCGCGCAAAUUCCGCGACCGCAUCACGGCCGCCGUCAAUUCCGCGCAGCGCGCCCUUAAAAUGGCCAUGCAACGCUCGGACAUGGCCAUCUCGCGAAUGGCAACAGCUGCGGCCAAGGCCCAGAAUGCAGACGUGGCCGCCGAGCAGGCUCGCAUCGAUUGCGAGAAUGCCGUACGCAUGGCGCGUGAGUUCGCUCCAGAUUUCAAGCCCUCGGUUUUGGAGCGAUUCGAGAAGCUGCGCUAUCGAGAGCGCGAACGUUUCCGCGGCGGCACCGGGCAAUCCAACAUGGAUCUGACCGUGGGCAUGACGAGCAGCACAGUGGGUAACAAGCAGCCAACGUCGACCGCAACGACAACGACACAGUUACCAACGCAACAGUUCUCGCCGGCCAGCAGCAGUGGCGGGGGAUCGGGAUCGGAUGCGUAUGCCACGCAGGCACAGCGACAGCAGCAGUAUCUGAACAUGCAGCAACAGCAGCGUCGCAUGUCGCAGCAGAAGCAGGAGUCCGAGUGUCCAGUGCCCUCGUCGAUGUACUCGCAACAGUUGCCCGUAUCGCCGCAGACCGAUCUCUCGGGCAUGGUCAGUCAUGGGCAGCCGAGUCACGCGCAAGUUGUAAGCGCCAUCAAUCAAAUGUAUCACCAGCAGCAGCAUCAACUGCAGCAACAGAGCAACCCGCAAACGAAUCCUUCAUAUCAGUUCCAGCAACAGCAGCCGCCUGGCGCGGGGGGCGUUCAACUGAAUCAGGCGCAGAAGCCGCAGACGCCGUUUGGUGCCACCAAUGCGAAUAUGACGCCCAACAACAACAUCAACAUGUCGCCACAACAGAAUUUGUUGCAGCAGCAGCAGUUGCAACAGCAGCAAAGACUUUACCAGCAGCAACAGCUACAGCAGCAACAGUUGCAACAGCAGCAGCAGCAGCUACUGCAAGAGCAACAACAGGCUCAGCAACAACUACAACAACAGCAACAGCAGCAGCUACAGCAACAGCUACAACAGCAGCCCUCGUUGCACGCCUCGCCCAGCCACAAUGCCGCCAGCCUGUUACGUCGCGCUUCUCAGCUGCAACAGCAGCAACUGUCGGAGGCUGCCAACGCCGCAGCAAUUGCUGCCACACAGCAGCAACAGCGUGGCCAGCGACCACCCAUGUUGGGCCAAAUGGGCCAACAGUCGUCCAUCGAUCAUUUCGAUCACUACAAGCGGCCGCCCAGUCGGGACUCCUCCAUCGAUCGAUAUGCUCGCGCUGCUAGCCGGAUGAGCGGCACGUUUGCCGGCUCCCGUCAGGCAUCGCUUGAUCGCUCUGGUCUUGCCGAUGCCGUGCCCAAUGGCAGUGGUGGUGGCAGUGGAGCUGCAGGUGGCUCCAGCACUCCGGAUGGUCGUCCCCGGGCUGGCUCAGUAUUUCGCGGUACAACGCCAGUGCCGGGAGCAACUGGGACGACAGGCACCUCAACGAUGACCGGCAACGGGACGUUGCCUUCUGGCGCCGGUGGGCGAUUAUCUCGCGCUGGCACGCCCAGUUUAGGGGGCGGAGGGCGAGCGCCCAGCCAGAGCAACACAGCGGAGCCGCUCUUCUCGUCGCCCAAUCAACCCUUUGAGGAUGUGCUGCUGCGUCAGCGAACGCUCGGUCAGGAUAUCAUUCCCUCACCCUUGCAACCCAAACGCACGGAGAGCUUGUAUUUGCCAGCCAAGCCCGCAACACCAGUGGGCAUGGCCAUGGGCGGAAAAGGUGGUGGUGGCGGCGGUGGCGGCGGAGGCGGAGGUGGCAAGAAAAUGAAGACGGUGCCCAUAAAUGUGACGUUGCAGCGCAAGAAGUCGAUGCCUGAUUUUCAGGAGCUGCCGCGUGCCACAGAGGCCAUGAGCCGCGAGGAAGUUUCCGCCUUGGGCUCUGCACGCCGUGAGGCAGUGCGUCGUCAAAUCGAAGUGAACGAGCGCCUUAAGGCGAAUCCCUUGUUGUAUUUGGUUAGUCCGCAAGUUAAGGAUUGGUUUGUGCGCCAACAGCUAAUGCUACUGGUGCUCUUUGUCAAUGUGAUGUUGGCGUUAUUGUUUGUCAAGAUGCUUACCUAGCGCCGGAUGCGUCAGACCACACGGAACACUUUCAAAACAACAACAGUAGCAGUGUAACUGGAAUAACGGUUUGAGAGUCAUUGUGAGGCAGUCUUGAGUUUUAAAGCAACUGUGGACACAGUUCAGAGCACACUGACAAAUCAUUAUGGCGAUGUAUGUUUUGUGGAUUCUGUGUGGCUUCAUAUUUUUGUGGGGCUAACAAUUUGUAGCAUUUGCAGUAAACCGAUUAUAACACAAAAUAAAAAACAAAUAUAUAUAUAUAUAUAUAUAUAUAAAAUAAUAUAAUUUAUAUUCAUAAAUAUAUAUUAUUAUAUGUAUAAAACCAACAAAAAAAUCGAAUUAAAUACUAGACUGCAGCCAAAUUGAUAAAAACAAAAUAUGAAACAAGUGAAAUAACAAAAAAACAAAAAACUACUAAAAUUACGCAGAACUGCAAUGCACAAAUCUUAGAAAAUUAAAUAAUAAACAAUUUUGAAAUGGCUGUGCAGCCAUUGCAUAAAUCAAAUUUGACAAGCCGAUUAAACAAUUCAUAAUUGUGGCGAAAAUUAAAUAAAUAAAAUAAAACAGUAACAGAAAGAAAAAACUAUAUGCAAAUCAAUUUAACGAAUUUUUCUACACAUUUAAUGUAAUAUUAAUAUACAUAAAUAUAUGUAAACAAAAACUUACAUUUAAACUACACUUAACGUCAUCAAUACUUAAACCACGAGCAUACAUUUAAACAAAAACAAAGCAAAUUUUAGACAAACAAAUUGAGAAAACGGUAAAAAAAAAACAAGAACAAUUUCCUAUUUGCAAUUGAAUUUUAAUUUA